ACAUAAUGGGUCGGUUUGUUGGUUUAAUUUUCCUAGCGUGUAUGGCUAGCUGUUACGGCGAUAAUACAUUUUGGAAAAGAUAUGUUAAGUUUUUCAAUGAAACACUGCCAAACAACAGUACCCUUAUGGAGAUGUGGAGAGAACAUUUAAAAACAUGGCCAGGAGUGAGUAAAACCCGAGCCAAAUACCCUAUGCCACCUUUCAACUGUCAUGUAACUAACGCACACAAUGGACAUCAUGCAACGAACGUACAUGAACUCCAUCCUGGUGAUAUUAGAGUUGUUGCAGCCUUGGGAGAUUCUUUAACGGCCGGAAAUGGUAUUCUAGCAACCAACAUUCUUGGAGAUUUGGUAGAAUAUAGAGGACAUUCUUGGUGCAUUGGAGGGGAUGGAUCAUUAGAUAGUCCUGUUUUAACGAUGCCAAAUAUAUUAAAGAAAUUUGGUCAAUUUUUAUAUGGAUAUUCCACCGGAACAGGAGGCCGUGGGAGCGCUGGCUCUAGACUUAAUAAAGCCGAUCCUGGAGAUACAUCUUACAAUAUGCCUGAACAAGCUGCUAUGUUGGUAAACAGUCUAAAGUCUGACGCAAAUGUGCGAUUUUAUGAUGAUUGGAAGCUAGUGACGCUGUUUGUUGGUGGAAAUGACCUGUGUGAUGCUUGUAACGAUCGUAACAAGUACAGCGGUGCCAAUUAUGCCAAUAAUAUCAAACAAGCUCUGGAUAUACUGCAUGCCCAAGUCCCAAAAGUGCUUGUCAAUGUAGUGCAGAUAUUUGAUAUUGCUCCUAUUGCCUCAAUGAAUGGAGGAUUUCUGUGUAAUUUAGUACAUAGUUUUGUAUGUCCAUGUGGAAAGGAAAAAAACAAUACUGCUUUAUUAGAUGGCUUCACUCGUUCUUAUCAGGAUCAGACAAAGGCGCUGAUCGACAGUGGUAGAUACGACACACGAUCUGAUUUUACAGCUGUCCUUCAACCAUUCUUUACAAAUACUAGACCACCCACUCACUCCGGUACAAAUAUGGUAGAUCUGAGUUAUUUCUCACCUGACUGUUUCCAUUUUAACGAGAAAGGUCAUGGAGCUGCUGCUUUGUCUUUAUGGAAUAACAUGUUUGAGGCUCCAGGGACUAAACAACUUUCUUGGCAUUUAGAUCAAGAUUUCCACUGCCCUGGAACACACGGUGACCAUGGCCAUGAUUUCAUCACCACAAAAAUGAAUGCUAAUGGACAAUUCGUUUUAGGAAAGAAAUAAAUCAUACAAUAAAUACUCGAUAAAAG